AUGCUAACGAAAAUUAACUCAGCCUUCCUAUCUCAAUGUAUCUCAACUUGGCAGGCACCGGUAAGCUCUGCCCUGCAACGUUUAACUUCCUCUCUUUCGGCGACUUCCGGCACUUCUAUUCUGCGCCCCUGGCAACCGGCCACUAGCCGUAUCUGCUUGCUUCAUGUGGCCAUAUCGUCUCUGCGAUGUCUCACACUCUCAUUUAAUUGCUCCCUACUGGCGAGUGAUUCUAAAGCUAUUAUUCCGCUUUCAGAUUCGAUAUAUACUAACUCAGCCCUAAUGGCGGCAACAAGCGCUCCUAAUAAAUCAUAUAAGGAGGAUCAACAAUGGGAUGCAAUAGAUGCUCAUUCUCAUCUUCUAGAAUGCUUGCUUUCCUGGGAGGCACAACUUACGACAUCCGGUAUUAUCGCUGGAACGAUAAGUGAAAAGGUUGUUGGCUCCGGGAAGACGGCUUUCGCUGGUUCUUUGGUCGAGUCUCUCUUUCCUAAGCAUACUGACUUAUUUAAUAUAUCUUCCGGGCAAAUAGACGAGGCAUUGGCUUCUAGCCUUUGCUUCAGUCUGUGUGCUAUAUACGAACAGGUCUCGCUGCUGCUCUGCGCUCUCUUGCCACAAGUAGCCCAAACUUCCAAAACUGGUAUCGUAAAAGAAAGUGAUGUCUCUCGAGAAUGCUCCGACUGUCACCAACACCAACUAAACCCUGAGUUACUUACGUUUCAAAGGCCUGUAGAAUCUAAACCAGCUCGCAAUGCUCAACCCCCUAAGGUGUCUCCCUUUGAUCUACGUCCUCGACUUUUAGCUGCAGGCCUUUACUCCGAAUUGCCUGAGCUAAAAAGAGGGUCUGAACUGUUUCGGACGUCAAGAUAUUAUGAAAAACCACAUGGACUACGCGCAAUUGCCACUCGUUUGGCAUCAUAUCUUGAGACGAUGGUUAGCUUUAAUUUUUAUGUCAUUCUAAGUAUUCAUGUUUUGUUGAUUUUAUCUUUAAAUAUUAUAAUGGUUACCUUGCUACUUGACCAGUAA